AUGAAUAUUGAGUGGAAAUUAUAAAAUAUAGUAAAAGCUUUGGGUAAGACUUAAUUCUAAUAAAUUAGGGUUCUUUUGUUUAUUUACUAUGCCUCCAUAUGCAUUUUAUUGGAAAUACAGUUCAAUGAGUAUUAAUAAAUUUAUUAUUUUAGAAUACUUUGAAAAAGAAAUUUAUAAUGACUUCAAUAGAGUACAUAGCAAAGGGAAAUCUUUAGCUGAUAUUCCAAAAAAAGAAAAAAUAUGA